GAGCUGCUGGGCAGCAGAUGUGUGUGGCUGUGCUUCUCCAAAGGCUGCUUAACGAAGAAGUGCUAAAACAGAAAAUCAAAGAAGCAGAAGUGUUAAUCAGAGAGGCAAUAGUUCAAGUCUUUUUUUUUUUUUUUUUUUUUUUUUUUUUAAGUAGCAAACUCUCUGAUUGUCCAGCAUUUCCUAUUUUAGAAAUCUAAAGUAAUGGUACGUUAAACUGCUGCCGGUUGAUGACAGUUUGAGAUGAGACAAGGACUUCUGUGAGGCUGUAGGUCAAUCCUGUAGCCAUGGAAAGGUCUACAACUUCAGAUAUGGCUUCUGAAAAGCCAAGUCCUUCCCAUAGUACGGGAGCUGUUCAAAUGAGGAUCAAAAAUGCCAACAGUCACCACGACAGACUGAGCCAAAGCAAAUCUAUGAUUCUGUCCGAGAAUGUGAAAGUUCCUGAGCCUGUAAAUCGUCACAGAAGAAAUCAUUCCCAACAUAACUUAACGCUUGCAGACAUCAUUAGUACACAGGACCACACGGUAGUGGAGAAAGAAGGAUAUCUUCUAAAAGCUAAAAUAGCAGACGGUGGCAAGAAAUUAAGGAAAAACUGGUCCACGUCCUGGAUUGUCCUCACUGCUCGGAAAAUGGAAUUCUACAAGGAAUCCAAACAGCCGGCACUGGCCAACCUGAAACCAGGAUAUAAACCUGAGUGUGUGGAUUUGUGUGGUGCUCAGAUUGAGUGGACCCCAGAGAAAUCCAGCAGAAAGAACGUCUUUCAGAUCACGACAGUGUCAGGAAAUGAGUUCCUCCUCCAGUCGGAUAUCGACUUUCUCAUAUUGGAUUGGUUCCACGCUAUCAAAAAUGCAAUUGACAGAUUGCCAAAAGAACGGAGUUGCACAUCGAGAAAUUUGGAGUUCAAACUCAAAAGAUCCUCCAGCAUCGAAUUACUGAAUAGCUUAGACACUGAAUCCAAAGAACCAAAGCCUGAACACAGAAAAUCUUUAAUUUUCAGAUUGAACUACAGUGCUUCUGACUCAAAUGACAGAAACCGAGUUAAGAGCAGAUUAAAGAAGUUUAUCUCUCGAAGACCCUCCUUGAAAACGUUGCAAGAAAAGGGGCUCAUCAAAGAUCAAAUUUUUGGCUCCCAUUUGCACUUGGUAUGUGAGCAUGAGAAUUCUACAGUCCCCCAAUUUGUAAGACUGUGUAUAAAAGCUGUUGAAAGAAGAGGUCUAGAAGUUGAUGGAAUAUACAGAGUUAGCGGCAAUCUGGCAACAAUACAGAAGUUACGAUUUGUUGUCAAUCAGGAAGAGAAGCUGAAUUUGGACGACAGCCAGUGGGAGGACAUCCACGUUGUCACCGGAGCACUCAAGAUGUUUUUCAGAGAGCUGCCUGAGCCGCUGUUCCCAUACUGCUUCUUUGAACAGUUUGUGGAGGCGAUAAAAAUCCCAGACAAUGCCACUCGCAUUAAAGCCAUAAGGACCCUGGUAAAAAAGCUCCCUAGGCCAAACUAUGACACAAUGAAAAUCCUCUUCGAGCAUCUAAAGAAGAUAGCAGCCAAGGAAUCCGUGAAUCUUAUGUCAACACAAAGCUUAGGAAUUGUGUUUGGACCAACACUCCUUAGACCUGAAAAGGAGACAGGGAACAUGGCGGUCCACAUGCUGUACCAAAACCAGAUAGUUGAACUUAUGUUGAGUGAGUACAGCAAGAUCUUCGUCUCUGAGGAAGACUGACAGACAGGGCCUGUUAUUGAAAACGUUCACAUCUGUCUUGAUGUCUAAUAUUUUUACAUUUCUGUAAACAUAUUUCUGAAAUAUUUCUUUUUCUUUCAAGUGACAGAUGCCUCAUUUUGUGAAAACUUAAUGAUGAUUUUGUGUUUAAUUUUCAAACAUUGGAAUAAAAAAUAUUGUCAACAUUUGCCUAUAUGUAUUCUGCAUUAACCCUUUGAGAGUUUCAUUAUGCUAGCACUCCAAGUGUCAUUUUUUUUGCAAGCUGAGCAUACAGCAUAUGGCCACGGACCAUAGAAAAUGCUCUUUACCAACAUAUGCAAUGGCACAGAAAGACAAAUGGUAAUUGAGGAGACUGGUGGAAAAUGGAAUAAAAAGCAACAAAUUAAUACAGAUACCACAUUUUAUCUAGGUAAUCCAAGUAUAAUUUACCUUUCUCUUUGAUAUGUACUGAAAGUUAAAGACAUGAUACGUAAACAAUUCCCCUACUCCAGGAGUUCUAAAAAGGAAUGCAUUUAAUACAUUUAAACAAAUUAUGAAAAAAAAAAAAAAAAGAAAAAGAAACGAAGAGAAAAUAAACAACGGUCUCUCACUAUUUGCAUAACAGUGCCUAAAAAAAAAAAAAAGAAAUUGGAACUUUGGCGUUUUUACUUAAAUGCAGUACAUGAAAUGAAGACAUUGCAUGACUGCUCAUUUUAAUGUAACAUCCAUUUUGAUUCUUCAUCACACUGUACAUCUGCCCGCUUUCCCCAGCUAUCUCAUGUUCUGUAGCAUUUGUAUUGUGCUCCUGAGGAUGCUUUAUUGGUGAACUACAUUAAAUUCAUCUAGAAAGAACUUUAAAAAAAGCCUUUUCAUAUGCCCUUAGGAUUACUUGGCUAGACUUGAAUCAAUUUAUGCAUUUGAUGGUUAGUUUCAGUUGUCAUGGAUAAACAAAAGGGUAACUGUCUAGAAUAUAUCAAAUAUUGUUUCAUUUUGAAAUGUAUGUUUCCAGCUAUACACAUCUCCUACCCUGUUUUGUAAAAGUAUUCUGCUGAUAAAAUGUAGACUUAUGUUUGACAGCUUUUUAAUCAAGUUCAAAGAGAAUAAAUAAAACUAAUCCAGUGUGGUAAA